AUGAGAAUAUUUUGUUUGCCAUCUUCUGGGGUUAUUCCUCUUCACAAUCACCCUGGAAUAACGGUUUUUAGUAAGCUUCUUUUUGGAACUAUGCACAUCAAAUCAUAUGAUUGGGUCGUUGACUUGCCUCCUGAAUCUCCUAUCAUUUUCAAACCCACAGAAUAUCAGGCUCUGGAGAUGCGGCUAGCAAAAGUUAAGGUUGAUGCUGAUUUCACGGGUCCUUGCAACCCCUCUAUCCUUUACCCUGAGGAUGGGGGAAACAUGCACUGUUUCACAGCAGUGACAGCGUGCAUGCUUCUCGAUGUUCUUGGUCCUCCAUAUUCGGAUUAUGAAGGCAGACACUGCACAUACUACAACAAUUACCCCUUUUCCAACAUUUCAGAAGGAAUAUCUAUACCAGAAGAGGAAAGGAAUGGUUAUGAAUGGCUACAAGAGAAGGAGCAACUUGAAGAUUUAGAAGUUGAUGGAAAAAUGUACAGCGGCCCAAAGAUUCAUGAGAGCUAAUCAUUUUCUGUCACCCCAAUAUCUUCCAGUUCUUGUGACCACAUGUUGCUUUCAAAUAUUCCUACAGAUCCAUUUUCUUUUGUUUUUUGCAGUCAAUGUUGCGGAUUCGAUGCCGCCUUUUUCGGUUCAGUAGAGAACAAUACAUCUGUGUUCUUGUACUUUUUUCUUCUUCUUUUGUUUAUGGAACAUUAGGCACUUGACACUUGGUGCUGUUUUCAGUCUAUAGUUCUUGUGUACAUACCAAUAAACAGAAAAGGGAAAAGGAGAUAAUGCUGCACAGGAAAAUGAAGGGGCAAUGAAAUGAACUAUUCGUCUGAAA